AUGAAGGAGAUCGCGUCGAUGAUUUCAAAGCGUAAGGCAGAGGCGACGCCGUUCGCCGGGAAGAAGCUCCGGUCGAUGCGUUUACGCCGGAAGAGAGCUCAGAUCUCUCCAGUUGCUGCUUCUGUCGAUUCCUGCUCCAAUCUGGUUUUCCCAGCCGAUGACAAUGUUUCCUGCGGUUCGAGCAGAGUCGAGAAGAGCUCAAAGCCGAGGAAGAAUCGAAUCGAAGAGGUAGAAGUUUCUGGACCUGUUAAAGAUGUGAAGCAAACGAUUGUUGAUCCGAAAUUUCGGAGGAUUACGAGGUCAUACUCCAAGCUAAACCAGGAGAGGGAGGGAGAGAGGAUCGAAGUAAGCGAAUCGUCCUUCACACGAUCCGACGUGACCUUCGCCGAACAUGUCUACGACAGCCGGAAUUUGAAUUUUGCAUCGGAGAAUAAGGAGAGCGACGUCGUUUCAGUAAUUUCGGGGGUGGAGUGUAGCUCGAAGUUCGGGAGCGUAACUGGAGGAGCUGACAACGACGAAAUUGAAAUCUCCAAACCGAGUAGCUUCGUGGAAGCUGAUUUAUAUCUGGGAUCCGCCAUUGAACUGAAGCCGGAGCUUAAGACAGUCGGCUGCGUCUCCGAUCUCGCUUGCACAGAGAAAUUCUCGGACGAAGAGGUUUCGGACUAUCACGAUGAUGAGUUAUCGGAGCAGCUUUCCGAGAUGUUUUCUCAGUCUUCCGACCUCGAUUUCUCGGAUUACACUCCGUCUAUAUUUUUCGAUUCUGGCAGCGAAUUCUCUGAGAAAUCUAGCGCUGAUUCUCCUACUUCACAUACUCGCUCUCUGUUCCUCGAGUACAAGGAAGAGUUCUGUAGAUCCACAAUUCCGAACGAUUUGGAAUCUUCUUGCCAGGAACAAAACCGUGAAAUUCAAUCUGAACUGCUAAGGUUUGAAGAUGUGGAGGUGGAAGAGAGCUAUCAAAGGCUGAGGGAGAGAGAGAGAAGUCAUGCAUAUUUGCGGGACUGUGCUAAGGCUUACUGCUCCAGGAUGGACCAUACUGAUUUCAUCCCUCGUCUACGCUUGAUCAUGGUUCAAUGGAUUGUGGAGCAAUGUACUGAAAUGGAGCUUCAGCAGGAGACCUUGUUUCUGGGAGUUAGUCUGCUGGAUCGGUUCCUGAGCAAAGGAUCCUUCAACAGCGAGAGGACUCUAGUUCUAGUGGGGAUUGCGAGUCUUACUCUGGCCACCAGAAUUGAAGAAAAUCAACCUUACAAUAGCAUCCGGAAAAGGAAUUUCUACAUCCAGAACCUAAAAUACAGCCGGCAUGAAGUUGUGGCAAUGGAGUGGCUGGUACAAGAAGUCCUCAACUUCAAAUGCUUCUCACCCACAAUUUUUAACUUCUUAUGGUUUUACCUAAAAGCUGCUCGAGCCAAUCCAGAAGUUGAAAGGAAAGCUAAAUCCUUGGCCGUGACCUCACUAUCCGAUCACACUCAACUCUGUUUUUGGCCCUCAACUGUAGCAGCAGGACUCGUAGUUCUCGCCUGCAUCGAACACAACAAAAUCUCAGCCUAUCAACGAGUCAUAAAGGUUCAUGUUAGAACAAACGAUAACGACUUGCCUGAAUGCGUCAAGAGCCUGGAAUGGUUGCUUGAGCAGUAAGCAAACCACAACAACAAAUAUCCCAAAACCAGAACACAGUAUACUCCAAUACGAAUACACAGGUUAAUAUUACCAUUUACAAAUCAAACAUAACGACUAC